AUGGUCCCCAGCUGCCCCCCCGCGGGUGAUAAAAUGUCUGCCGGCCCCAUGGUGCGGAAGCCGACGAUGCACCGGUACAUCAGCACCAAGGUCCUGCUGGCCGAGGGGCGCGAGACCCCCUUUGCCGAGCACUGCCGCAACUACGAGAACACCUACCGGAUGCUGCAGUCGGAGAUCCAGGGCCUGAAGGACCAGGUGCAGGAGCUGCACCGCGACCUCACCAAGCACCACUCGCUCAUCAAGACGGAGAUCAUGAGCGAGAUCCUGCAGAAGUCCCUGCAGAUGGAUGUGCAGAUAGCAGCUCACUACUCUGCCGUGGAGAUGAUGCGCAGCGUCUUCGAGGAGGUCUGGGAGGAGACGUACCAGCGGGUGGCAAACGAGCAGGAGAUUUACGAAGCCCAGCUCCACGACCUGCUGCAGCUGCGGCAGGAGAACAGCUGCCUGACCACCAUCACCAAGCAAAUCGCGCCCUAUGUCCGCUCCAUCGCCAAGGUGAAGGAGCGGCUGGAACCCAGGCUGCAGGAGCCCCGGGAGCCCAAGGAGGAACAGGCGCAGAUGUUGCUCAAGAUCUACGACGACAGCGAAAUGGCACUAAGGGACACCUCGCCUGGCAGCAAGGAGGGGGCUCUGGCCAGCCCUGGAGAGGGCUGCGUGCCCAGCGGCACCCCUGGAGACCCUUCCCCGAAAAGCAAAGACUGCUGCAGGGGCCAGCAGAAAAGUGGGGCUGAGAAUGCUGCCCGGAAAGAGCUUGCACCGUAG